CGCGAUUGAACAAAUCUUUCCCCAGUCACGCCUUGGCUCCCUUUUUUUCCCUAAUCGUGCCAUCAAUUGCUUGAUCGCCUGCAUUCAGAAUUGCAAAUAUUGCACGCUAUUCGAUCAUCGCCAGGCCCCCAAUUGCUGUCUUAUACAAUCCACAGCCUAAACAGUCCAACUCUGACUUUUCCUCAUGCAUUCAUAAUUUUCCUUUUUCUCUACAUAAUACCCUUUUACAUUAAUUAUGGCCAGCGAGCCUGUGCCGAAUGGCUCGUGGCAUCCUGCCCUGCGGCCCAACACUGCAUCGCACGGACAUGCCGCAGCAUCGUUAGCCGAGGAUGCUGCUCCUGAAUCGACCACCACCCUCAAGCCUAGCGACGAUGUAUCUGCAGCACACGAUCUCGACCACGAAGACGGUGGUGCCUGGUUUGAUGAUGACGAGGACGCAGCCGAUGCCUGGCUAGCCGGCGACGAACCAGUGGCUCCUGUCGCGAAGUCAGCCGAGCCCUCAUCGACACAACCCGAACCGACCGCAGUAUCAACAGAAGCACAAGCUGUAUCUGAGGAACCGAUAGAAACCGAAGAGGAUGGUGCCGCUGCUUGGGAGGAGUCCGAAGCUGUUCCCCAGGAAUCUACUGUUGCCGACGAAGAACAGCUGGCCGCCUGGGACUUGUCUGCCGCUGACGAACCGGCCGCGGAUGAACCCAUCCCAGCAGAAUCAUUGCUUGCUUCGGAGCAACCUACGACUUCUCAUACGACACCCGAGCAACAUGCCGCCCAAGACGCUCCUCAAGAAGAUCUAGCCGUCGAUGCCCAAGAACCCGCCGUUUCGAUAUCGACGAUGGCCGCAGCGCACUCGAAAGACCCAUUCGCGGAAUGGGAAAACUCACCAGCGGAUGAUGAGGACCCUACAUCCGCCUGGGGACUUGAUGAGGCUGCGCAGCCAGAACCCGAAGCGGUUGUGGGAGAGGCGAAGCCGGAAGAACCCACGCCUGAAACCUUUGAUGAUUUCAAACCCCAACAACCAGCUACUGCACAGCACUCGAGCUCCAUGUCAUUUGCCCGAACAGUCUCACAUGAAAUUAGCUUCACCGAAGACGAUGAUGACGGCGAUUGGUCACUAAACCGAACUGACACCGACCCCUUUAAGUUCAUGCCCCCCUCCGACCGCACAAACUCCUUCCCUGUUGUCCCUCUAGCUGAAUCAGACCAGAAGCUUGACGCUCCUCUGGCAUCCAAUCAGGCCUUCAAUGUUCUCGACGAAUCUGUGAAUGAAGUACAACAAGAGCAUGAUGCUUACGCAGACGAAGCGAAUCAAGAAUAUGACGCACAACAAGCAGAACCUGAAGAACCGUUAGAACCUGAACUAUCCCGGCCUAUUGGUGGGCAGCUGGAAGAUACUUUUGGUGAACAACAGGCCACACGAUACGAAGAGGGUCUGCCUUUGAUCCCCAAACAGGUCCAAGCAACUGAGGAAGCGGCCAUGACACCAGCACCCAACGGUGGCGUUACUGAUGCCUUUGCCGACCAAGAUGACGGCGGCGACGACUUCUUCUCACAAUCCCAAGAUAAGGAACCGGAAUUCCCAACACAUUUCGAACGAAAGUCUACAAUGCAGGUCAUGGCAGCAGCUGAGGACGAUGCUGAUGACUUCUUUGCCUCACAAGCUGCCAAACUCGACGAUGAUGCCGUAGUUGAGGAUCCGGAAGAACCAGCAACUGAUAAGGCGGAACCAGAAGACUUGGCCACGAAGUGGGAAGCUGCCUUUGGUGGCAGUGAUGAUGAUGACGACUUUCUUCUCGAGGAUCAAGACAACGAUGGAGGUGCUGAGGUAGACCCGUCUGGCUUCCUUGGCAGCGAUGACGAAGGCUUUCUGGAUGACGACGACGACGACAUUGACGCCGGUACACCAGUACGCCCAGUCUCGCAGCACAGCCAGGCAGCUCCUACGAAUCGAUAUGCGCCCCAGCUUCAAUCGACUGGUUUGAUCAGCGCAUCCGCGUCUGCACCGUCCGUUGUCUCAGCCUUUUCUAAUGGUACACCAUCGCCAUUCUACGGUGGUGCUAUUCCCCAACCAGCAGCCCCAGCUGUCCCUGACCCUAAAAACAGCACAGAAAGCUUUGCUGGCAAGUCAAAGGCUGGCUAUACCUCACCAUAUGAUCUUCCUACGGAUCUCAUCAGCUCCAACAUUAAGCCCAGGAAGAGACCCAGUCUACCGGCCAUGGAUACAACUGAGCAGACUACCGCACCUCCUCGAAGCGUUGGUGGCCCUAUGCAGAACCAAAAUAUGCCGUCAAUGCCACCACCAGGUGGGAACUUCCAACCACCACCUGCGGCGCCACCCAAGACCUUGAACAGCGUUCGCAGUGACCAGUCCUUCUUUGAAGAUCUCCCCAUGGCAAGCAAACCACGAUCGGCUUCAAGACAGAGCUUGAGAGCACAAUCACCAGCGCUCCAGGCACCACCUCAAGGAGUUCCUCCUGCCGCUCCAAUGCAAAACCAGCAAUUUCAGCAACCCCCGGCCUCAAAUGGCCCCGAGAUCCCCAACUUGGUUGCCCCCGCUAGAGUCAACCCUUAUGCUGCCUUGCCCUCUUCAUCAACCUCUGCUCCUGCGCCCGCGUCGGCUGGCAAUAGAUACUCGCCUGCCCCAGCGCAUGCGCCAGCCAAAACCUCGAGCGCACCUCCGCCAGCGCCAUCAAGCCGAUACUCUCCUGCGCCUAAUGUACCAAGACAGAGCAACCCCCAGAGCCCGCCGAGUGCCUCUAGCCAAUUCUUGCCUCAUCUGCCUCGUACUUCCAGCCCAUUGGCGCAAUUCGAGAUUAGCAACGAAAAGGGCGCCAGCAAUCCUGAGCCCCGACUGCAUCGCAUGUCAUCUCUACCACCUACUCGUGAAGUUGAUGAAGAGGAUGACCAGCUUGGUGUUUCACAGUUUGCUCAACAUGCUCGAAACUCUGUCAGCGGAACAACGCCCGCAUCACCCCCUAAGCGCGUCAACUCCUACUAUGCACCCCAAGGCCCUGGUGUUCCCCAGCUCGCUACAUUGCCACCAAGGUCGCAGACACAGUCACCCGGCGCAUCACGAGGGGCUCGCCUUACCGCUCCUGCUCAUGACAGCGUGCGACCCGCUACAUCGCACGGCACUGGCCCCUCUGUCACAAAGGCUACCUCUCAGUCUGCCUACGUUUCUGUUGGACGCCCACGUGGCCCGUCACUUUCGAUGAAUGCGGCGCCACCUGCAAAUGGCACUGAACAUGAUCCUUUGCAGCGAUGGCAGGGUAUCCCCAUCAUGAGCUGGGGUGUCGGUGGUACUUUAGUCACCUCCUUCCCCAAGACCGUUCCUAGAUAUGCGAUGAACCAAACUGGACCAUCUGCGUAUACAACAUCCUCCGAUGUGCAAAUCAAGAAUGUUAAGGAGUUGAUCCCAUUGGCAGAGAGACUCUCCAAGUUCCCCGGUCCUCUCAAGGGCAAGUCAAAGAAAAAGGAGGUUCUCGCCUGGCUUAAUGCUGGCAUUGACCUUCUCGAGAAGGAGCUGCCAGAGGUAUCUAUGCACCAUCAAUUGUCUCUUGAGGCUAAGAGAAGCAUUGAGCGUCUUUUACUUUGGAAGAUCUUGCAUGCUUUCAUUGAACAUGAUGGCCAUUUAGAAGGAACUCCCGCCAUUGAGAAGUCGAUUAGAGAUUUGCUCAACCCGUCGGCGUCGGCUGAUCAGGAUGCGCCUUACAAGAGUGAUUACUCCAACACUUUUAGCAACGAAGCUGCUGCCAAGGCUGACAGUGUUGACCCGGCCUCUAUGUCUCAAAUUCGGGAUGCUCUUCUGAAGGGAGAUCGUGAAGCUGCCGUUUGGGCAGCAGCAGACAAGCGUCUUUGGGGCCAUGCCUUGCUUAUCGCGAACACGGUCUCGCCUGAUUUGUAUAAGCGCGUCACUCAAGAAUUCGUUCACAAGGAAGUCAAUGCUGGACAGAGCAACGAAUCGCUUGGUGCUCUGUACCAGAUCAUGUCUGGAAAUCACGAGGAUUGCGUUGACGAGCUUGUCCCCUCCCAUGCCCGCGCAGGUCUCCAGCUCAUGUCAACUGCCAGCUCCUCGGUGGCUUCAAGAGAUGUAAUGGAGGGCUUGGACAAGUGGAAGGAGACGCUCACAUUGGUGCUCAGCAAUCGUAGCCAGGACGACGUUCGUGGACUGCGUUCUUUGGGCCAGCUCCUCGCCACCUAUGGAAGAGCAGAGGCAGCCCAUAUUUGCUUCAUCUUUGGACGAGCCGUAUCUGUCUUUGGCGGUCUGGACGAACCCAAUGUGGACUUUGUCUUGAUUGGAUCCGACCACAAGAUACAAUCCGACCAUUUCGGCAAAGAAACCGAAGCCCUUCAGCUUAGCGAAAUUUACGAGUAUGGCCUCUCUCUUGCAGGCCCGUCUACCGGGGCACCGCACCUUGCGGCGUACAAGCUGCAACAUGCCGUCACGCUCGCUGAAUACGGUCUUCGCGAUAAGGCUAUGCAGUAUUGCGAGGGUAUUUUGACCUCAAUGACUGCACAGACACGACGCUCUCCUUACCACCACCCGGUUCUCGAGACAAUGGUCGACGAUUUCAUGCAGAGACUUAAGCAGGCACCAAAGGAAGAAGGAUCUUCAUGGAUUUCCAAGCCCAGCAUGAACAAGGUUUCGGACAGCGUUUGGAACCGCUUCAACAAGUUUGUCGCUGGUGAUGAGGCCGACGGUGGCGCAAAUGGCGGCUCUGGAGACGAGCACGGCCCCUUUGCGCGCAUCGCCAGCACUCCUAACCUGAGCCGUUCUCCUUCGGUGAACAACUUUGAGAUGUAUGGCGGCGGUGGCUCUCCCAACUACUCUAGCAUGCCGCCAGCAGCACAGGCAUUCCCGGCUGCCCCGUCUGCAGCAUCAUCUCGCUACGCUCCUAUGGCUGGCGGUGGCGCUCCUCUUCAUGGCAACCCAUACGAGUUUGCUUCUCAGCAACCUCCACCAGCUGCGCAGCAACCACAAGCUCCCGCUGCUGGCAACAACCCCUACGCGCCGUCAUCGUAUCAGCCAUCUUCCUAUGAGCCUGCUCCUCAAGAGAACACCAGUGCCGGAUACACCCCAGUAUCUACCGAAAACAACUAUGGCUACCAGCCCGAGGAACGCAGCGUUACCAUUCAUCAGGAGCCUUCAAGGACCUCUCCCUACCAACCGGCCUCAGGAACCGGCUACCAGCCAACACCAAACACGGGCUACCAGGAACCUUCAAGCACGUCUCCCUACCAGCCAGCUCCUGCAGGUGGCUACCAGCCCUAUGGACUGCAGGAGUCGCCUCAGCUUACUAGCGCUGCUGAAAACCAGAACCAUGGUUAUCAGCCAUCGUCCUACGAGCCUCCUCAGUUGAACACCGAACCUCAAGUUUCAGAGCCAGCUGGAGAGUCUGAAGGCCAGAACUCGGCCAAUGGUGGAUACGAGGCUCCAUCAUACCAGCCCUAUAGCUAUGAGCCACCAACGUAUCAGCCUGACCCCCCCUCUGAUGAUGAGGCACCCAAGCCCAAGAAGAAGAGCUUUAUGGAUGACGAUGACGAUGAUAUCCCUGGACUGCGUUCCCAAGCACAAGAAAAGACCAAGGCAGAGAUUGAUAAGGAGAACGCUGAGAUGGUCCGCAAGAUUGCAGAGGAAGAAGAGAAGCGCGCAGCUGAAAUCGCCGCAGCAAAGAAGGCUGGCGGCUGGGGCUUUGGCGGCUGGUUUGGAGGCAAGAAGGCCGAGAGCCCGGAGCCUGGAAAGAAGGCCAUCAAGGCGAAGCUUGGUGAAGCCAACAGCUUUGUGUAUGAUCCCGAACUCAAGCGAUGGAUCAACAAGGCACCUGGCGCCGAGAAUGUCGAGGCACCAAAGGCAACUCCACCACCUCCCAGGGCAGCACCUCGUUCGACAGCAGGCACACCACCUCCCGGUAUCCCUGCCUCGGCUUCUUUGCAAAGCACACGCUCUGUAUCCAACCCAUUGGACGCCCCCCCUCUCGCACCACCUGGUGGAGGCUUGCCGAUGGCACGAUCUGCAUCGAAUAUGAGCGCGCCCGGACCACCUAUGGCGCCACCUAGCCGCCCUGGAACGAGCAUGAGCAACGCAAGCAGCAUUGAUGAUCUUCUCGGCGCUCCUGGCCCACGCAAGGCUGGAGCUAAGAAGGGCCGCAAGGCUGGCCGCUAUGUUGACGUAAUGGCGAAGUAGAUGAUGGACUGCAUCACUGGCGUUUCUGGUUUGGGCUUACUGUUUUGUUUUUCUAAUUUCAAGUUUCAUCCAGUAAAAAAGUGUACGAGUAUAAUGUACCAUAGAACUAAUGCAUUCAAGUCUUUCAGACACUCUCCAUGUCCUCUAUUAAUAACGUGCUUUACUGGUAUUAUGUUUCUCUCCGUAUUAAAUACGCAUCAAGUUUUUAGCUUCUCCAUGCAGUGCCUAUUUAUAAACGCCGCCAUGUACCCAAAUAGCAAAAUUGUCAUCAUGUUUCGUGAAAGUUAUCCUUCAGCGUAGACCGUUAGACACUAUAUGAUUGAACAUAGUACUACGCGAUUGUUAGCAAUGCUGGUCCAGCGAAUAACGUUAGAUAUAAAACAUACCGUCACAACAGAGUCGUCAGCCGAAGCAUCAUCAUACUGAGGCACGUACACAUAGAGGAUCAAUGCGUGGCCGUCUGCAAAACAUGCUAUGACUCUGCCGUCUAAUCUGCCCACACUCAAGACGCGGCUCCAAUCCUUACCGUCCACAAGGACUGUUGCCCACCUAUCCGGCCCAGCCUCGCGAAACUUUGUGCUAGGAUGAUCGGCAAUUGGCAUGUCAAGCUGUGCGGCGUCCAGCUCCGGAUUCUCCAGGUCUGACCAAACGCUACAAAUAUCAGUGGCUUCCGUGGCAAUCCGGAGGCGGAGACCGCCGUGCAUAUUUGCGCUAAGCUCCAAUUUAGGCGCCUUUGCAGCAGUCGAUGAGUCGAGAGCAAGCUUGGUAAAACGGUCAGAGAUGGCUUUUAACUGCAGGAGAGGCGGCAGCUGGAUAUGGACAUCUGGCUCGCGGACCUUGGGCUGCAUUAUGGUUUCGACAGUCUCUGGGUGAAGCACGCGUACGGGGAUAUCUUGCGUGAUGACCUUUUCGUGCUCUCUCCGCAACGAAGUCUCAAGUUGCUCUGUGGGAAAGUCCUCGUCGUCGGCAAACGGGUCGUCGUUUGGUAGCUUUGGCUGUGGCGCGGGGCCGCUGUGGCCUGAAGAUGUGGUGGUUGUGGUGAUGGUCAUGGAGAGGACAGGCAGGCCUUCCUUCUUUGUGAGCCGCAGUGAUGCAGACAUGCUGUUUAAAGCGGAUUUGAGGGCUCUUUGCAGCGGCUGCAGCGGUAGUUCGAGGUUAAUCGUGUUGCCGUCCUCGGCGGACUGGAUGGUGUAGUUUUCGAAGAUGAGGUCCAUGCCUAGG